AGUCAAAAACCAACAUCGAUCCCAGAAGAUACAUGUCAUAAAUUCAAGCAUCCCUUCCUCAUUUUUUCUUCAUCACCUCUCCAAACUGCGAAACAAUGUUAGUUCUACUCUUUGAUGUGAUUUUCUUCUUCUUUAGCACAUUAUCGAUCAUACUCGCCCGCUUGAUCGUCUCCUCUGUGUUCCUUGUUGUGCAAGUCAUCCAGCUAUUCAAGGUACCUGGCGAAGCGAUCCAAGGUGGAUUAGAACAGCUCGCGGAGAUCAUCAAGGUGUGUUUCGAGUUUGUUUUUGAUAUUGUGAAGGAAAUUAUAGCCUCUAUCAUCUCUGCAAUUUUCGAACAUCUUAAGGAAGCUGCUAAAGAGUCAGCUGCUGAAAUGGUGUCAACAGUCUUUGACCUAAUGAAGAACACGAGGACUUCCUUGGAUGAUUUGUUGAAUGAUUUACCAGAGAUCGCAGAGGGCUUCUCCGGGAUGAUUCAGACGGUGAUCACAAAUUUAUGGGAAAGUUACAAGGAUGUCAUAAAAUAUCUACUAGAAAAUGCUAAUUAGUUGAUCUUGUAACCUCAAUUGGAUGUUUGCUUGAUUCUUUGUAAAUAUUUUACAUGUAUAAAUCAUGAAAUUAAUA